AUGCCUCCCAAGAAAGCUAAGAAAACCAAGAAGCAAAUUGAAGAAGAAAAGAAGAAACUAGAAGAGGAAAAGAGAAUCUAGGAAGAAUUAGACCGUAAAAGAGCUGAGGAAGAUGAGAAGAAGCGUUCCAUUGAAGAGGAAAAGCGUAGAAUCGAAGAGGAAAAAAGACGUCAAGAGGAGGAAAAGAGACUUGAUGAGGAAAAGGAAUAAUUCUACUAGAGAGAUGGUAUAAUGAUGGAGAAUAGAGUAACUGCUCAGAAGGGAAAGAAAAAAGACCUAGAUGAAAAAUAUCUAUUAUGUGAUCCAUUGCCUGACCCAGAAAAUGAGAGAGACUUGACCACAUUCAUCACAAUGUGGGCAGAGUAGAGAGAUAAGACUAUAUCUGAAUGCAUUGAAAGAUGUCAAAUCUCUGAGGAAGUUAUCAGGACCAUGCAAAAUAUCUAUGGAAAUGCUAUGGCUAAUUACAACUACAAUAAGGUUGAAUGGUGUCAUACUUAUAUGAACGAAAUGAGAAGAAUGAUUUUCCAAAAGUAUGACUAAGUCAGCUCUCACAUUCUCGAUUAUAUUGAAGAGCACACUAGGUAUACAAAGGAAGAACUUCUAGAGCAGCAAUAGAAGAACACAAACAAUACCAAUAAAAGAGGUGACUAGGGCUAAAAAUCAGAGUUUUUGCUCAAGGCUUAAACUAAAGACAUUAAGUUCGGUAUCUAUGGCAGUGUCUCAGGCAAGAACCAGACUCAUAAGUAUACUGACAUAGGUACACUACAACUAAAGGUUCCAAGAUAGCACGCCAAUUAGCAAAUAAUUAUCAGAGCUGUCUGGACUAGCUUUGACUACGUGACUGGAAGAAACUAUUAUCCAGACAUCGUUGUUGGUGGAGUUGCUGACUUUAGAUUGUUCUAGUAUCCAGAAGGCCCAAGACAAGCAAUGAAAUGGACAAUGAGAAAUGUGUUUUCAGUAAAUGACAGACUUAGGAAUAUCCCAUAUCCAGACCCAACAACUCAAAUCCAAUCAGAUCCAAUUGCUAUUACAUACAACUUACCAGAUUAUGUAUUCACUACAGAAAACGACGACGUGAAAGUGGGAGUCUGGGAUGAGAAGGAGGAGACAUGGCAAACUGAGCUAAUUGAUGAUCUUCAAUACGAUAGAACUGCUAGAAAACUAGAGUUUACUACUAGAAAACUAGCUUAGAUGGCUUAUCUUUAAUCUAGAUGCACUGACUACCCAUAUAAAAAGUGGAAACUAAGAUGCAUUGAAAACCAGAAAGCAAUUCUAGAUAUUGAAACAAAGAGAUUAACAUUAACCUUUGAGAUCGGUCCAGAAUACUUAAUGUUGAUUGAGAAAACAGACCCAGAGUUCAGAGAACUUGUUGAUAGGAAAUUUGAACCUGGCUACCUUUUGAUGGAGCUUUCUAAGUGUGGAGUGCACUUGAUGCCAGUAGACGAUGAUGCAAAAUUGGGAGGAAUUCAUUUGAAGGACAGGCAAGCUGAAGAGAGAGCUAUUCUUGAUGUAGCCACUUCUAUAAGAGCCUUGGCGAUUAGAUCAUCAAAGUGGAACAAAUCCCUUGAUCCAGAAAACAUUGUGCUUAAAAUUAGAGACAAUCUUGAGUUUGAUAGAGAGUUCUAUGAGGAUCACGAGCCAGACUGGAAGUACUGCAUGUGGUGGCCAAACAAAUGCGCCUUCGUCAAUGUCUCUGAUGCACAAGACCAUUGCGAUGCCUCUCUAAAAGCUGGACACGAAACUCACGGUAUUCUAAAUAUUGUCAUUCAUGGUCAUUUCCAUGAAGAGGUGCUGGAGAGAUCUCAUUAGUAUGGAUAUAUCGAUUUCAUAGACACUGUCAGAAAGACUCUCAGACUAACCCGUAUAAUUGCAUUCACAUGA